AUGGUAUAUUCCCAGAGAAGAGGUCCGGGACCCCGGCGCCUGCUGCUCUCGCUUCUGCUCCUCGCAGCCUGGGAGGCUGGGAGAGGCCAGGUGCACUAGUCGGUCCCUGAGGAGGCCAAACACGGCACCGUCGUGGGCCACAUCGCCCAGGACCUGGGGCUGGAGCUGGCGAAGCUGGUGCUGAGCCUGUUCCGGGUGGCAUCCAAAGGCCGUAGGGACCUUCUGGAGGUAAAUCUGCAGAAUGGCAUUUUGUUUGUGAAUUCUUGGAUCGACCGGGAGGAGCUGUGCGGGCGGAGCGCGGAGUGCAGCAUCCACCUGGAGGUGCUCGUGGACCGGCCGCUGCAGGUGUUCCAUGUGGAGGUGGAGAUGAAGGACGUUAAUGACAACCCCCCAAGGUUCUUGCGACAAGAACACACUAUUUUAGAAUCAAGAAUAGCGCAUUCUCGGUUUCCGCUAAAGGGUGCAUCUGAUAUGGAUAUCGGAAGAAACGCAGAACUGAGAUACAAGUUACAAGCUAAUGAAUAUUUUGACUUGGAUGUUAAAACAAAUGAAGAGGAAACAAACUUUUUAGAGUUAGUUUUGAAGAAACCAGUAGGUAGGGAAGAAACGCAAGAACAUCGUUUAUUGCUGAUUGCAAUUGAUGGAGGAAAACCUGAACUAACAGGUACAGUUCAGUUAUUGAUCAAUGUAUUGGAUGCGAAUGAUGAUGCCCCGGAAUUUGAUAAAUCAAUUUAUAAUGUCAGAAUACUGGAAAAUGCACCGAAUGCAUGCCUGCUGAAUGCCUCAGAUGCAGAUGAGAGCAUUAAUAAGGAAAUAGUGUACCUCUUUAGUAAUCUUGUUGUUGACAACGUAAAAUCUAAAUUUGUGAUCAAUGCUAAUAGUGGGGAUAUAACAGUUCAGGGAAGAAAACAGGAUUAUGAAGACUGUAAUUUAUAUGAAAUUAAUAUUGAUGCUGUUGAUAAAAGUCCAUUCCCAUUAAGACACUGCAAAGUGAUAGUGAAAAUCCUGGAUGAGAAUGAUAAUACCCCAGAGAUAGUCAUAACAUCCCUAUCUCUGCCUAUGCAAGAGGACGCCCAACUGGGCACUGUCAUCGCCCUGAUCAGUCUGUCAGACCACGACUCCGGUGCCAAUGGGCAGGUGACUUGCACCCUGACGCCUCAUGUCCCCUUCAAGCUGGUGUCCACCUUCAAGAAUUACUAUUCAUUGGUUCUGGACAGCGCCUUGGAUCGCGAAAGUGUGACGAACUAUGAGGUGGUGGUGACUGCGAGGGGGGGCUCGCCUUCGCUGUCGGCCACAGCCAGCAUGUCCGUGGAGGUGUCCGACGUGAACGACAACGCGCCCGCGUUCGCGCAGCCCGAGUACACGGUGUUGGUGAAGAAGAACAAUCCGCCCGGCUGCCACAUCUUCAUGGUGUCGGCGCGGGACGCGGACGCGCAGGAGAACGCGCUGGUGUCCUACUCGCUGGUGGAGCGGCGGGUGGGCGAGCGAGCGCUGUCGAGCUACGUGUCGGUGCACGCGCAGAGCGGCAAGGUGUACGCGCUGCAGCCGCUGGACCACGAGGAGCUGGAGCUGCUGCAGUUCCAGGUGAGCGCGCGCGACGCGGGCGUGCCGCCUCUGGGCAGCAACGUGACGCUGCAGGUGUUUGUGCUGGAGGAGAACGACAAUGCGCCCGCGCUGCUGCUGCCCGGGCCGGGCGGCGGGGCGGGCGCACUGAGCCAGCGGGUGGCUCGGUCGGUGGGCGCGGGCCACGUGGUGGCGAAAGUGCGCGCGGUGGACGCGGACUCGGGCUACAACGCGUGGCUGUCGUACGAGCUGCAGCCGGCGGCGAGUGGCGCGCGCAGCCCGUUCCGCGUGGGGCUGUACACGGGCGAGAUCAGCACGACGCGCGCCCUGGACGAGGCGGACGCGCCGCGCCAGCGCCUGCUGGUGCUGGUGAAGGACCACGGCGAGCCGGCGCUGACGGCCACGGCCACCGUGCUGCUGUCGCUGGAGGACAGCGGCCAGGCGCCCAAGGCCUCCUCUUGUUCCCCAUAG